GGCGUCAGGCGCGGGGCGGGAGUGGGCGGCCGCCGCGUUCCUCAGAGGUGGCGGGGCUGGCGCUCGGUGGUGCUGCUUGGGGCAGCUCGGCGUUCUCACGGCUCCCGCCUGCGGGGUGAGACGGUUCCUGAGUUCUUGAAGGAACCGCAGGCGUUGAGAGACGACUGAGAGCCGUGAGCUCGCCGGGGGCUGCCUGGGGGAUGGUGCGGAGCCGCUGUGAGGGGAGAUAGCCGAGUGAGGAAAUGAAUCGAAGGCUGAUACUGAAGUUUGAAAAUCUGAUCCAUUUCCGUGGUGCUUGCAGACAGUUGCACACUCUUCCCUGCAGGGGAGUUUGCAGAGCACAAUGGAAGCCUGUACAGUCAUCUGCGUGUCCCACGCGUUCCGUUCAUCCAUAUCCACAGUGCUGGCAGAGAGACAAGUUGGUCAGAGUUGCCUCGUCACCAUGCAGAUAUCUAGCUACUAAGGAGGAGAAGAAAAAGGACAGAAGGAAAUUACCGAUGACCAAAGGGGAAGUGGAGAUAAGGCAGCAGAUGACUGUUGAGGAACUUGCAAGAGCAAUGGGUAAAGACAUAGAUCAUAUUUAUGAAGCCCUGCUGUACUCAGAUAUUGACGUCAAUUCCCUGGAACCAGAUUCCAUUUUAUAUGAAGACUCUAUCAAGCUGAUUGUUAAAAAAUCAGGAAUGAAGUAUAAGUCAGCAAAACUGAGAGAGGAAAAAGAAAGAGAAAACAAAGAUGCAGUGAAACGACCUCCUGCAGACCCGGCGUUCUUAACUCCGCGGCCCCCCGUUGUUACUAUAAUGGGCCACGUUGAUCAUGGGAAAACAACUUUACUUGACAGCCUGCGGAAAACUCAGGUGGCAGCCAUGGAAGCAGGAGGCAUCACGCAGCACAUUGGUGCUUUUCUUGUGCAUCUGCCUUCUGGGGAAAAGAUCACUUUCCUUGAUACUCCUGGGCAUGCAGCUUUCUCAGCCAUGCGAGCGAGAGGUGCAUAUGUGACUGACAUCAUCAUCCUGGUUGUAGCAGCUGAGGAUGGAGUGAUGCAGCAAACUAUAGAGUCCAUUGAACAUGCUAAAAAUGCAGGAGUUCCUCUCAUCCUCGCCAUUAACAAGUGUGACAAACCUGAAGCUGAUCCUGAAAGAGUGAAGAAGGAAUUGCUGGCUCACGAUGUGGUCUGUGAGGAGUUUGGAGGUGAUGUUCAGGCUGUAAAUAUUUCUGCACUCAAGGGUGACAACCUGACAGUUUUGGCAGAAGCAACCGUUGCUUUGGCUGAGAUGUUAGAACUGAAGGCAGAUUACUCAGGUCUGGUAGAGGGGACCAUCGUUGAGUCUCGCAAAGACAAAGGGAAAGGUCCAGUUACCACAGCCAUCAUCCAAAGAGGAACUCUGAGGAAAGGCUGUGUUCUGGUUGCAGGGAAGACCUGGGCAAAAGUGCGUUUCAUGUUCGAUGAGAAUGGCAAAGCUGUGGAUGCAGCCUCUCCCAGCAUCCCAGUGGAAAUCAUGGGCUGGAAGGAAGUUCCUUCAGCAGGAGAUGAAAUCCUUGAAGUGGAAUCGGAGCAAAGGGCACAUGAAGUUGUGGCCUGGAGAACAUAUGUUGAACAACAAGAGAAGAUGAAAAAGGACGGAGAAGUUAUUGAAGCAAAGCAAAAGGAACACAGAAUGGAAUAUGAGAAGAAGCUACAGAAUUUAGCCCAUUUGACCUGGAGACAGAGAAAGGCAGCCCUGUACAAGGCCAGCAAGCAUCUCAUGCCCUUAAAACCGAAAGAGAGAGCAGAAACGGACGAAAAUGUGCUGUCCAUAAUCAUUAAAGGUGAUGUGGAUGGAUCUGUGGAAGCUAUUCUGAAUGUUCUGGACAGCUACGAUGCAGAUGAUGAGUGUAAAUUGGAUGUCAUUCAUUUUGGAAUGGGAGAUAUCAGUGAGACUGAUCUAAGCCUUGCUGAAACAUUUAAUGGUGUUGUUUAUGGAUUCAGCGUGAAAGCAAAUGAAACUAUCAAAAAGAUGGCUGCUAAAAAGGGAGUAAAAAUUAAACUUCACAACAUCAUCUACAAACUUAUUGAGGAUUUGAAAGAUGAGCUGAGUAGCAGACUACCCCCAUCCGUGGUGGAAAACACAAUAGGGGAAGCUUCUGUUCUUGACAUCUUCUCUGUAACAGUAGGAAAAAACAAAGUUCCAGUAGCUGGGUGCAGAGUACAGAAAGGGCAGCUGGACAAGAAGAUGAAAUUUAAGUUGAUCCGUAAAGGGAAUGUUAUUUGGAAAGGAUCUUUAUCAUCACUGAAACAUCAUAAAGAUGAUGUCCAGGUAAUAAAAACAGGUAUGGAUUGUGGAUUAAGUUUGGACAAGCAUAUGGAAUUCAAUAUUGGAGAUGAAAUCAUCUGUUAUGAAGAAAAAGAAAUUCAACAGACAACUUCCUGGAAUCCAGGGUUUUAAAACAGGGUUGGAUACCUAACAGUAAAGGUGGUGUCCUGUUCCUGCCUUGAACUCUUUAACAUUAAAUGAACUUAGUUAUGGAAAAAA